UCUCCUCAAUUAUCCCCUCCCGUGAAGAUAGGUGGCGUGCGUUUCAGGGGGCUUCUCCUCUGUGUUCCACGGCAAAGAAAAGGAGGUGGAAAGAAAAAAAAAUGUCAUUAGAAGAGGCGUAACACGUCAGUCCCUACCCAGGUUUGUUUCCUGGAGUGGGUGUAAGACAUCAGUUGUAAACCUGCCCUAGCAGGAAUAGCGGUCCCUCCCUCCUCCCAACUAUUUCUAAGGCUUUAUUAUCACCGGUGGAAACGGAUCCGCUCACCGACAGACGCGCUCCGGUAUCAUCCCUCCUCUACGCCGCCUCUCGCCGCUUAAAAUCAGGCUGACAAGAAAAAAUCACAAGAAAUCGGAGUCCAUGCGAGCUGCCAUCUGAUCCCCGCACGCUCUUAUCAAUGAAGCAAGAGAUCAUGGCGGAUGGCCCCAGGUGUAAGAGGCGAAAACAAGCCAACCCGAGACGGAAAAACGCAGCUCUGAACUAUGAGAACGUUGUGGAGACCGGCUCGGAAACAGAGGAGGAAGAUAAGCUGCAAGUGUCCGAGGAGGACCCCCUGAUCAACGGCACCGGCAGCCCGGCUAGCCUCACAAACCCGGAGGCCUCCCCGCGAAAUGAAAGCCACGGUUUGCUGACCAAGGAUGAGGAGGACGACGAGAUGAGGGAUAGUGGCGUUGAGCACAUCUGGCCGGACAACGACAUGCUGAGUGCCUCGGUGGAUGGUACUGAUGAAAUGAAGGAUGAUUUUGACACCCUUGGGCCUGAUGCUUCUUUGCAGUCAGUCAGAAACGGUACAGUGAAGAGCGUCGACUGCACAUCAGGGUUUGAGGAUUACUUCACCAAGAGGAAGCUGGACGACAGCGACAGUCAUGUGGUUAGCAUUGCAGAGUAUCUUCAGCGGGGCGACACUGCCAUCAUCUACCCUGAGGCCCCAGAGGAGCUGUCCCGUUUGGGCACACCGGAGGCAACAGGCCCAGAGGAGAAUGACCUGCCACCUGGAACGCCAGAUGCCUUCGCCCAACUGUUGACCUGCCCCUACUGUGACCGGGGCUACAAGCGCUUGACAUCGCUGAAGGAGCACAUCAAGUACCGCCAUGAGAAGAACGAGGAGAACUUUGCCUGCCCUCUGUGCAACUACACGUUUGCUUACCGUACUCAGCUGGAGCGGCAUAUGGCCACACACAAGCCUGCAAGAGAUCAGCACCAACUGCUCAACCAAGCGGCCGGUAACCGCAAGUUCAAAUGCACCGAGUGUGGCAAGGCCUUCAAAUACAAGCACCAUCUGAAGGAACACCUCCGGAUCCAUAGCGGUGAAAAACCGUACGAAUGCCCAAACUGCAAGAAGCGCUUCUCGCACUCUGGCUCUUACAGCUCCCACAUAAGCAGCAAAAAAUGCAUUGGCCUGAUCGCGGUCAAUGGUCGGAUGCGCAACAAUAUGAAAACUGGUUCCUCCCCAACCUCUGCCUCCUCCUCACCCACCAACACUGCCAUCAACCAGCUGAGGCAAAAGCUGGAGAACGGAAAGCCUCUGGGCCUGGCCGAUCACAACAACCACCUGAACAUCAAGACGGAGCCGCUGGACUUCAACGACUACAAGCUAAUGAUGGCGUCUCAUGGCUUUGGUGCGCCAGGGCCAUUUAUGAACGGAGGUAUAGGAGGAAACAGUCCACUGGGGAUUCACCACAACUCCACAAACCAAAGCCCUUUGCAGCACCUAGGCAUGGCCAGCCUUGAGUCGCAACUCCUGGGUUACCCGGGACCGCUGGUGAACAACCUGAGUGAGGUGCAGAAGGUCCUGCAGAUUGUGGACAACACGGUGUGCAGGCAGAAAAUGGACUGCAAACCAGAGGAGCUCUCCAAGCUUAAGGCCUACAUGAAGGAGUUGGGCUCUCAGGUUGAAGAGCAGAAACAGGGCCUGACAUCCCCAGGGGGAACCCCCAUCAGUCUCCCGCUUGUCAACCACAACGGCGCCACCAAAAGCAUCAUCGAUUACACACUAGAGAAGGUAAACGAAGCCAAAGCCUGCCUGCAGAGCCUGACGACAGACUCCAAGAGGCAGAUUAGCAAUAUUAAACGAGAGAAGCCCAACCACAUGCUCGAAGGAGGUGUGGAUGAGAAGGCGCAGGAAAACAACAUGUUUACACCGUAUGCUUGCCAAUAUUGCAAGGAAACCUUCCCGGGGCCCAUACCUUUACAUCAGCAUGAACGCUACCUGUGUAAAAUGAACGAGGAGAUCAAAGCUGUGCUGCAGCCCAGUGAGAACUUGAUGCCUAGCAAACCCGGGAUGUACCUAGACAAGAACACCCAUUUAUCCUCCUCCAUGUUGGCUGAGAAGGGACUCACUGCGCCGCUCAACCCCUACAGGGACCAUAUGUCUGUGCUGAAGGCAUAUUUUGCCAUGAACAUGGAGCCCAACUCGGAGGAACUGCUCAAGAUUUCCAUCGCCGUUGGACUUCCUCAGGAAUUUGUGAAGGAGUGGUUCGAUCAGCGGAAGAUGUACCAAUACGGCAGCGCCAGGACCCCACCGUUGGAGCACAGGAACAACAAUGAGAUGGUUGCUGGAACAAAUAACCACCACACGCCACCAAAAGACACUAUGGCAGCUAGAUCACCUGUGUCAUUACCCAAGCCUACCGACCGCAUCACCUCUCCCAACAUUGCUGAGCUUCAUAACAACAACUGUGAUAGACUUUUGAAAAACCACCACUUCAGUGGUAGCACCAAACCAACGGGGGAGAAAUUGGACCACUCCCGCAGCAACACCCCUUCCCCGUUGAACCUAUCCUCCACAUCUUCCAAACACUCGCAUAGCAGCUCUUACACUCCAAACAGCUUAGCGUCCGAAGACCUGCAGGCCGAGCCUCUGGACCUGUCUCUGCCCAGACUCAUGAAGGAACCCAAGCAUGCACUGACUGUCAAAAGCAGACCCAAAGUCAACAACAUUACGAUUGACCACAACAACGUCCCCUCACCUCGUGAGCACUUCGAAGAGCCUUUGAACUUGGCCUAUCUCAAGAAGGAAUUCUCAGGCUCCACCAACAACGGAAACCUUGAAAAAAGCACUAGCCCCAUCUUUGGCAUUAACCCUUUCGCUGCCAAACCACUUUAUACGUCACUUCCACCUCAGAGCGCUUUCCCGCCCGCCACAUUCAUGCCGCCGAUGCAGGCCAGCAUUCCGGGUCUGAGGCACUACCCGGGCAUGGAUCAAAUGGGCUUCCUCCCGCACAUGGCCUACACUUAUGCAGCUGGGGCAGCCACCUUUGCCGAGAUGCAGCAGCGGAGAAAAUACCAGCGGAAACCAGGUUUCCAGGGGGACCUGCUCGACGGUACACCAGAUUACUUGUCAGGGCUGGACGACAUGACAGACCCCGACUCCUGUCUGUCGCGGAAGAAGAUUAAGAAGACUGAAAGUGGUAUGUACGCGUGUGACUUGUGCGACAAAACAUUCCAGAAGAGCAGUUCCCUUCUAAGACACAAAUAUGAACACACAGGCAAAAGGCCGCACCAGUGUCAGAUCUGCAAGAAGGCCUUCAAACACAAACACCAUCUUAUCGAGCAUUCCCGGCUGCACUCGGGCGAGAAGCCGUACCAGUGCGACAAGUGUGGGAAGAGGUUCUCGCACUCGGGCUCGUACUCGCAGCACAUGAACCAUCGCUACUCUUACUGCAAGAGGGAGGCAGAGGAGCGAGAGGCAGCAGAGAGGGAGGCCCGGGAGAAAGGCCACCUGGAGCCCACAGAGCUGCUGAUGAGCCGGGCUUUCUUGCAGGGCAUGACUCCUCAGGGUUACCCGGAAAUCACGGAGCACGAGGCCAUAAUGAGGCACGACAACAUAAACGGAGGGAUCAUAGAGGGUCGGAAGGAAGUGGACAGUACGUACGCAAAGAUCGAACGGAGGGAAGAGGAGUUUGAGGAGGAGGAGGAAGAAAGCAAGAGCAUGGACACGGACCCGGACACGUUGAGGGAUGAGGAAGAGAACGGAGAACACUCAAUGGACGAGAGCUCGCUGGACGGCAAAAUGGAAACCAAAUCGGAACACGAGGACACGAUGGAGGACGGCAUGUAAAAUCGGGCAAAGGCUUCCCAACUUUUAAGAUGUUUCGGUUCAGUAUUCUUACCGGUUUAAAACGCCAGGUUUUAAGCUGCACGUGCCUGAAGCUUCCGGGACGGUUCCUCGGGAGAGGGAGGAAGACAUUCUGCCCCAUUUACGAAUCAAUCUGGUGGAGGUUUCGGGGGUUUGUGAAAUAAGCUGUGUUAUGCAAACCGAACUUUCAUAGAUAAAUACAUUUCAAAAAAAUGUACAGUACUAAGGCCUAAAAAUAUGUGUGGUGCUAACCUCCUCGAAUAAAACCCCCCAGUGUUCCAUAGUAUUUAUAGCACAAAUAGUGACUUGUACAAAUUGCACUCCGCUUCUAUAAUCAUGAAGAAAAAUAAUAAAAAAGUAUUGCCUAUGUAUAUAUUUAUACAGUGUUGGAAAAAGAGCAGUAGUGUCGGCACUGCGGUCCCUUCCAUAUUUGUUACUUCCCCCGUUUUAGUUUGUCCCACAUUUCUCGCCACACUGUUUUAGGCCUCUUUAAUCAAAUGAAGGAAUCUAAACUAAAGACUUUAAAAUUUAAAGAGACCUCCAUUUUAAGGGAAAUACAGUCUAUGGACAUGUGGACGGUAUUUGGGGGUAAAAAAUGAAGGAUGAAGCCUUUGUAAGGUGUUUUUUGAUAAAAGAAAAUAAGCCUUAUAUGCAAACCUUUUAACCUGUGUGUUUUUUCUGCAAGUGCCACCCUCGUAUUGUGUAAAAGGAAGGUUACUUUUUUUGUUUCACCAGCUUCAGUAUUAAGAAAUGUUGGUUCUUUGAAGCACCCGUGUCAGUAUUCUAGGCAGCAGAUCCUUAGUUUACAUUUUGUUGUGCAAUUUCUUUGUCAGUAUUACACCAAACCAUUUUUAAACAACAAAAUUGCAUUCAUUUUAUUUGUAGGUUAAUGAAAAAUAAAACAAGGUUAUUUAUGUGGCCCAUUUUAUAUUUCCUAAUUUUAUUUAUUUCAUACUGUUGUGUACAGUACUAUAGUUCUUCAAUAUAUAGAUAUAUUUUAGUAAAAAGGAACAUGGUGUCGAUCAUAGGGGCAAAUCUAAUGAGAGCAUUUAUUGUGUUUUGAAACAUUGUGAAAGUUUAAUCUUAUUUUAUUUUGAUUUUCUUUCCUCUAUUUUCCAGGGGCUGGAAAAUUCUAAAUUUGGGAAGUUUUAUACAAUUGUGAAAACACUGUAUUUUCAACUGAGAAAAAGAAAAAAAAAUCCACUUUCUUCAUGUUUGUUUCUUUUUUUAAGCUAAAAAAAAAAAAAACGAAGAGGGACUGUUAAAUACUAUGUAUGAUAUCAUGACUGAAGAAGAAUCUUUCCUGAAAUGUCUUUGUAAAAGUAUUAUUGAAUUCUUAAUUUGUAAUUUCUCUUGAAAAUGACCCUGCUCGAAUAAAAGUAGCCAAAUUACAAAAGUGUCAACUCCAUCGUC